AUGUCCGCUCAGGAGCGGCAACAGGCGCAGCCCCCCGUGCCCGCCUCCUCGGAGGCUGCGGAGCUGGACGCCGCAAACGGAUACGAAGCGGUUGUUCCCCACUGGUUCUACUGCAAGGUCACGGACUCCAGGGAGCGAUGGAUCCCCUUCAGCACGCAGGACUCGGAGAGGCUGGAGGAGGCUCACGGCUCAGGGAGAGACAAAGAAGAUCUGGUUGUCCCAACAUCAGGGGGGAGGUACGACGUGCAUCUGAAGAAGAGGCAGCGUGUCGCAGUGUACUGGGAGGAGGAGGUAUCUGAAGUGCGUCGCUGCACCUGGUUUUACAAGGGAGACAAGGACAAUAAGUAUAUUCCCUACUCGGAGACCUUCAGCGAAGAACUGGAGGAAGCUUACAUGAUUGCUGUGACCCUGGAUGAGUGGAAGAAGAAACUGGAGUCCCCUAGCAGGGAAAUCAUUAUCUUGCACAACCCAAAGCUGAUGGUGCACUACCAUCCGGUUGCCACCUCCGAUGAUUGGGGCUCAACUCCUACGGAACAAGGUCGACCUCGGACUGUGAAGAGAGGAGUAGAAAACAUCGCUGCUGAGAUCCCCAAUGGAGAGCCGCUGCAGAUUGAUCACCUGGUUUUUGUGGUGCACGGGAUCGGCCCAGCGUGCGACAUUCGGUUCAGGAGCAUCAUCCAGUGCGUGAAUGACUUCAGGAACGUUUCCCUGAGCAUGCUGCAAGCGCACUUCAAGAAAGCCCAGGAGCAGCAGCAGAUCGGCCGGGUGGAGUUCCUACCUGUCAACUGGCACAGCUCCCUCCACUCCACCGGGGUGGACGUUGACCUGGAGCGAAUCACUUUGCCGAGCAUCAAUCGCCUGCGUCACUUCAUCAACGACACCAUCCUGGACGUUUUCUUUUACAACAGCUCCACCUAUUGCCAGACCAUCGUGGACACGGUGGCAUCGGAAAUGAACCGCCUGUACCAGCUCUUCCUGCAGAGGAACCCGCUCUUCAAAGGGGGGGUCUCCAUUGCGGGGCACAGCUUGGGGUCGCUCAUUUUGUUUGAUCUCCUGACGAACCAGAAGGCUGCUCCCGAGGAGGACGAGCACAGCAAAGAGGGGUCCAGGACAACCUCAAGCAACAGGGGUAUUGAGGAAGUAAAAGAAAUCCUGAAGAAGCUGGAGCUGUCCGAAUAUUGCGAAGUUUUUGAGAAGGAGAAAAUGGACAGGCAAGCACUGUUCUUGUGCACAGAGAAAAACCUUAAAGAAAUGGGAAUUCCCUUAGGACCAAGAAUGAAGAUACUUCAUUACAUCAGCUCCAAGAUGGAGAUGCAGGACCAGAGUGCAGGAGCUCCCAGGCACAGUGGGGAGCGCGGAGCGGAGCCUGGGUCCCCACUGCAGCACGACCCGGACAGCACAGACGAUGGCAGGAAUUGCCAAUACCGGGACAUUGGCUUAGGACAGGUCUCGGCAAACUAUCCUCAGCUAAACUACAAGCCCACCAUCUUCUUUGCUUUUGGGUCUCCCAUCGGGAUGUUUCUCACGGUGCGAGGAGUGAAGCGGAUCAACCCAAACUACAGCCUACCCACCUGCAAAGGCUUCUUCAACAUCUUCCACCCUUUUGACCCGGUGGCGUACAGGAUAGAGCCCAUGAUCGUCCCAGAUCUGGAGUUUGAGCCCAUGCUGCUGCCUCACCACAAGGGCAGGAAGAGAAUGCACCUAGAGCUGAAAGAAGGGCUGACUCGCAUGAGCGUGGACCUGAAGAACAACUUGCUGGGGUCCCUGCGGGUAGCCUGGCAGUCCUUCCCUCGAGCCCCGCUGCCGGCCGUGGAGGCGGCGAGUACCGACGCCGAAGCGGAGGCAGAGACCGGCGUGGAGAAGCAGCCAGACGCAAAGCCAGACGAGACCCCCGCAGCAGUGAAGGAAGAGGCCUCCCUCAUUAAUGUGGGGAGGCUGAACGGAGGGAAUCGCAUAGACUACGUGCUGCAGGAGAAGCCAAUAGAGAGCUUUAACGAGUAUUUAUUUGCACUACAAGGGCAUCUCUGCUAUUGGGAGUCAGAAGACACCGUUCUGCUGGUUCUGAAGGAGAUCUACCAGACACAAGGUAUUACACUGGAUCAACCUUUGCCAGGAAGCCAAUGA